AAAUAGAUGCUUGUCCCUUGAUUGGUAUGAGGGUGGCACAGGCCCCUGGGUGGCAGGCCAUGAGGCGUCUAUACCCUCAGGCUGAGGCAGACUCUGGGCAGCUAAAAACCAGGGGCUGCUCCCUCUGCCAGCAAGCCCGGCUGUCCUUGGUUUAGAAGCCGUGAGGGUGCCACCAUGGAGUCUGACCGCUGCUGACCACACAGCCACAGAGGACCGAAGUUCCAGGCAUUUCUCUGAACCCAGACAGGAGGGAGGCACAGCGCAGAGGAGAGCGGACUCACCAUGGCUUCCUCCAGCGCAGAGAGCCAGCUCCAGAGGAUCAUCCGCGACCUGCAAGAUGCUGUGACAGAGCUCAGCAGUGAAUUUAGGGAAGCAGGGGAGCCUAUCACAGAUGACAGCAGCAGCUUGCACAAGUUCUCCUAUAAACUCGAGUAUCUCCUGCAAUUUGAUCAGAAAGAGAAGGCCACCCUCCUGGGCAGCAAGAAGGACUACUGGGACUACUUCUGCGCCUGCCUGGCCAAGGUGAAAGGAGCCAAUGACGGGAUCCGAUUCGUCAAGUCCAUCUCAGAGCUCCGAACAUCUCUGGGGAAGGGAAGAGCAUUUAUUCGCUAUUCCUUGGUGCACCAGAGGCUGGCGGACACCUUACAGCAGUGCUUCAUGAACACCAAAGUGACCAGUGACUGGUACUAUGCAAGAAGCCCCUUUCUGAAGCCAAAGCUGAGCUCAGACAUUGUGGGCCAACUCUAUGAGCUGACCGAGGUUCAGUUUGACCUAGCAUCGAGAGGCUACGACUUGGAUGCUGCGUGGCCAACGUUUGCCAGGAGGACGCUGGCCGCUGGCUCUUCUGCCUUCAUGUGGAGACCCCCCAGCCGAAGCUCCAGCAUGAGCAGCUUAGUGAGCAACUACCUGCAGACUCAGGAGAUGGCCUCCAGCUUUGAUCUGAACAGCACCAUAAACAGCGAGGCCCAGGAGGGCUUUGAUGAGAUGCGACUGGAGCUGGACCAGCUGGAGGUGCGGGAGAAGCGGCUGCAGGAGCGCGUGCAGCAGCUGGACAGGGAGAACCAGGAGCUGCGGGCAGCCGUCAGCUUGCAGGGGGAGCAGCUGCACACGGAGCGGGAGAAGGGGUGCUCUGCAGCGGAGGACAACGUCCACCUCGCAGGCCUGGUGGCCGAGCUCCAGAAGCAGUGGGAGGCCACCCAGGCCACCCAGAGCACUGUGAAGGAGCUGCAGACAUGCCUGCAGGCGCUGGAGCUGAGCGCGGCCUCGAAGGAGGAGGACUACCACUCGGCCCUGCAGCGGCUGGAGGCCAUGCUGCAGCCCUUGGCGCGGGAGCUCGAGGCUGCACGGAACUCCCUGAGCCGGAGGAGCCAGCUGCUAGCCAACGUCCCAGCCUGGCUGGCCACGGCUGAGCAGAGAGCGAGUACCGCAGAGGACACAAAGCAACAGCAAGAGCCCAUUCCCAGCAACUCAGCCCUGGCAGUCCAGGAGCUGGGGGAGAAGCUCCGAGCCCUAGAAGGUGAGAGCGCCAAGGUCCAGGACCUCAACAGGCAGCAGAGUACCCAGCUAGAACAGCUCGCCCAGGAGCUGCAGCUGAAGGAGGAGGCCCGGGCUGAGCUGGAGCGCUUGGUGAAAGAGGCGGCCCCGCUCCGGGAGGAGCUGUCUGCGAAGGGGCGGGAGGCAGCCCAGCUCCAGCAACGGCUGCAGGAGUCUCUGGCCCACGUGAGCUCCCUGGAGAAGGAGCUCGCAGAGGUGAGGCUGGAGGAGCGGCGGUGCCAGGAGGAGAAGGAGCUGCUGGGGCAGGAGGCCAGGUCUCUGGCCCGGCAGCUGCAGCUGCUGGAGACCAGGCUGAGCCAGGUGAGCCAGCACGUGGGCGACCUGGAGGAACAGCGGAAGCAGCUCAUCCAGGACAAGGACCACCUCCUCCAGAAGGUGGGGACGCUGGAGCGGCACCCAGGGCAGUCGGGCCCAGAGCCGCCCUCAGCCAGGGAGGAGAGCGAGGCGUCAGCCUCCCUGGCCUCCACCCUGCCCCAGGCCUGUGAGACGCAAAGCGAAGAGCAGCAGAGCCCGCAGGAGGAGCUGCUGGACAGUGCUGAGGUGCGAGGGGGCGGCCGGGAGGAGGAGCUGCGGCAGGCCAACCGCAAGCUGGAGGAGGAGCUGCAGGGCGUGCUUGGGCGCAACCAGCUCCUGGAGGGCAAGCUGCAGGCCCUGCAGGCUGAUUACCAGGCACUGCAGCAGCGGGAGGCAGCCAUCCGUGGCUCCCUGGCCUCCCUGGAGGCCGAGCAGGCCAGCAUCCGGCACAUGGGUGACCAGAUGGAGGCGAGCCUGCUGGCUGUCAGGAAAGCCAAGGAGGCCAUGAAGGCCCAGGUGGCAGAGAAGGAGGCCGCCUUGCAGAGCAAGGAGGGUGAGUGCCAGCAGCUGCAAGAGAAGGUGGAGCAGUGCCGGCAGCAGGCAGAGGCCCAGGCAGGGCAGCUCAGGGCUCUCGAGAGCCAGUGCCACCAGCAGACCCAGCUGAUCGAGGCCCUCAAGGUGGAGAAAGGCCAGCAGGGGCUUGGCCCACCCCAGGACAACGCAGCCCGUGAACUAGCAGCCCAGCUGGCCCUGUGUCAGACGCAGCUGGAGGUCCAUCAGGGGGAGGCCCAGCGGCUGCAGGCCGAGGUGGUGGACCUCCAGGCCAAGGUCCGGGCAGCCCUGGAUGACCGGGACAAGGUGCAGAGCCAGCUGGGUGUGGCCGAGGCAGUCUUGAUGGAGCACAAGACCCUUGUGCAGCAGCUGAAAGAGCAGAACGAAGCCCUCAACAGAGCCCACGUCCAGGAGCUGCUGCAGUGUGCGGAGCAGCAGGGGCUGCUGCAGAAGGAGCAGGCCGACAUGGCCCAGCAGAGGGAGGAGCUGGCCCAGGCGAAACGCAGCUCCGAGGAAGCCCGGCUGCAGCACGCCGAGUUGCAGGAGCAGCUGCACCGUGCCAACACGGACACGGCCGAGCUCGGCAUCCAGGUCUGCGCGCUGACCGCAGAGAAGGAGCGGAUGGAGGGGGCGCUGGCCCGCGCCGCCCAGGAGCUGCGGGACUCCAAAGAGGCGGCCUCAAGGGAGCGAGAGGGCCUGCAGCGCCAAGUGGCGGGGCUGCAGCAGGAGAAGGGGAGCUUGCAGGAGAGGCUGAAGGCGGCCGAGGGGGCGGUCGACUCACUGUCGGGCCUGCAGGCCCAGCUGGCCCAGGCUGAGCAGCGGGCCCAGAGCCUCCAGGAGGCUGCACAGCAGGAGCGCGACACCCUCAAGUUCCAGCUGAGCGCCGAGAUCAUGGACUACCAGAACAGACUGAAGACAGCCAGCGAGGAGUGCAGGAGCCUCAAGGACCAGCUUGAAGAGCGAGGCCAGAAGCUGCAGGCUGCCGAGGAAGCCGUGGGCAGGCUGAAGGCCUCUCAAGCAGACCUGGGAGAGAAGCUGAGCCAAACCAGCGCCCGCCUGGCAGAGUGCCAGGCUGCCAUGCUGAAGAAGGACAAGGAGGAGGCCGCCCUGCGUGAAAACUUGGAGAGGACCCAGAGGGAACUUGAAAAAGCCACCACGAAGUUCCAGGAGUAUUACAGCAGACUGUGCCAGGAGGUGACAAACCGGGAGAGAAACGACCAGAAGAUGCUUGCUGACCUGGACGACCUGAACAGGACCAAGAAGUACCUCGAGGAGCGGCUGAUCGAGCUGCUCCGGGACAAGGAUGCCCUUUGGCAGAAGUCAGACGCCCUGGAGUUCCAGCAGAAGCUCAGUGCCGAGGAGCGGUGGCUUGGGGACACGGAGGCCAACCACUGCCUCGACUGCAAGCGAGAGUUCAGCUGGAUGGUGCGGCGGCACCACUGCAGGGUAUGUGGCCGCGUCUUCUGUUACUACUGCUGCAACAACUACGUCCUGACCAAGUCCAGUGGCAAGAAGGAGCGCUGCUGCCGCGCCUGUUACCGGAAGCUCAAUGAAGGCCCCGGCUCCCCAGAUAGCACUGGCUCCGGCACCAGCCAAGGCGAGCCCAGCCCUGCACUGUCACCAGCCCACACUGGGCCACAGGCCACAGGAGGCCAAGGAGCAAGCACCGACUGCAGGCCACCAGAUGAUGCUGUGUUCGACAUCAUCACGGACGAGGAGCUGUGCCAGAUACAGGAGUCCGGCUCUUCUUUGCCUGAAACACCCACUGAAACGGAUUCUCUUGACCCAAAUGUGGCUGAACAGGACACCACGUCCAACUCGCUCACCCCUGAGGACACGGAGGAUGCGCCCGUGGGGCAGGACGUGGAGAUCUGCCUGCUCAAGUCCGGCGAGCUCAUGAUCAAAUUGCCUCUCAGCAUGGAGGAGCUCGCCAGCUUCGGGGAGGGCCCCCGGGAGCUGUUCGUGAGGUCCAGCACCUACAGCCUGAUCUGCAUCACCGCAGCCGAGGCAGGCCUCACCAUCAGCUGGGUCUUCUCCUCCGACCCCAAGAGCAUCUCCUUCUGCGUGGUCUUCCGGGAGGCCGAGGACACACCGCUGGAUCAGUGCAAGGUGCUGAUCCCCACGACGCGCUGCAACUCGCACAAGGAGAACAUCCAGGGCCAGCUGAAGGUGCGCGCGCCGGGCAUCUACAUGCUCAUCUUUGACAACACCUUCUCCAGGUUCGUCUCCAAAAAAGUCUUUUAUCACUUGACAGUUGACCGGCCUGUGAUCUACGAUGGAAGCGACUUCCCGUAGCCGGCACGGCGCUCGCUUCCUGCACAGGAAACACUGCUGGCUCUCACCUGUCACACAGCACUCAGAAAGGGGAGGGGAAGAAAGAAGCCAGGAAGACCGUGGCUCUCAGCUCCGGCUCUCGGGGGCUGCUGGCACCGUCUCCACCUGCGGGGUGCAGGGACGCCACCGGCCCUCCUGGGGAGGGUUGUGCCACCGCAGCUGAGCCCGCCAGGACCAGGCGUCCAGUGAGCAGGAGCCAGACGCAGCGGCCGCCCCUGGCGUGUCCUUGGGCUGAGGAGUCAGGCUGCCUGGCGGGGGUGGGGAGACCACUCCAGAGACCCCAGCCAGCCUCCUCCUGCAGCAGCACUGGGGCGCCUGGGCCGCACGCUCCUGCUGGCCCUGCUGCCUGGCGACUCCGCCCUCCUACGAAGCCCUUCCCUCAGCCAGGCUGUCCGGCCGCACGGGAGCGCCGCUCCCUGCAGACGUGUGUGCCCACACCCAAAACCGGGCUUCGCGCUGAGGCUCCCAAGUGACAGGAAACAGAAGCAUAAUUUAUUCGUGGUCCCCACUCCCUCCUGCCCAAUUCCCCAACGCCCGUCCGCCCAGCGCCCGCUGCUCAGCCUGCACCCGACACCCGGAGAGCAGUGGGCCCUGGCUUUCCCUCUCCUUGAGGUGUGGUCAUCUUCCUGCUCCCUGCUCCUUUCCUCUCCCCUUCCCCCGCCUCCUCCUCUCGGCUGGCCGCAAAGGCCCAGGUGCUCCCACAGUGAGCAGAGCCACCCACUCUGGCGGGGGGAGGGGAGGGUCCAAGCACUUGGCCCCGCUGUCUUCCCAGGCGGCCUGUGACCCCUCCCCCAGCUUCACUCCAUCGUCCAGAUCGAGGCUCAAGGGAAUGGUGAAGGGACCCCCUCAGAUGCCCAGCUCAGAGGAUGGCUGUGCCUCGGUACAGCCUCUGACGGAAAGCCCCAGGGCCACUGUCCCUGCUGGCCAAGGCCUGGCCUGCUCAGCCCCAGGACAAGAUGCCAGGCCCCAGGAGACUCGCCGCCACAGCCGGGCUGACUGAGAGGCAGACUCCUCGCUCGGACUCCAUCCGCCCUCGGGCCAGGGGGAAUCCCAGGCGGCCUGGGCCACAGGAGGAGGAUGCUGACGGGACAUGGAGCUGUCUAGAGGCCUGUCUGGGUGCCUGGCUUUCCCAGGAUGCCUUGGGUCCUCUGGGCACACCCGUGCUGAUGUCACCACCAUCUGCAACCACAGUAGCUGAGGCCUGGGAAGGGCCCGGGGCCUCUGAGCCCCGUCGUGGACGUCAGCUGCUCCUCACAUUCUAAAGGACACGGGGCUCCGGCAAAGCCAGCCCAGCCCGCGCCUCCAGCGGCCCUGCAGCCCCGGGGUUGAGCGUCCAGUGUGGAGCAAGCCCUUGCCGCUGCCCCGCGGGCACCGGACCCCGCCUGACCCCGUGCUUUCGUGAGCGUAUUUAUUUCUCGUGCUGGGUGCCCCUGUGUACCUCCCUCAGUCUGCUGUUCAGGUCCAAGUUUGCCAUGCACCUUGCAGCUAGAGAACGUGCCGGCCAGUCUAAGCGUGGCUUUCAUGACGAACGUUCCUAUUAUUAAACAGGCUCCCAACUUCACUGUAGUUUGGGGGCUGAGAUACUUUAAAAAAAAAAAAAAUGCGGAUGACACCGGAAGAACUACCGCGGCUGGACUGAGUGACACUGGGAGCCCCGGGGAAGCGGCCCCUCCCUGCCCUGUGACGGCGCAGCUCUGCCAACACCAGCCCCAUCCCACUGCUGCCUCCGGCUGCCCAGAGCUCCCUGCCUUGUGGCGCAAGCCCGCUGGAGCGAGGGCAGGAACCUGGAGCUGCAGACCCACGGACUUCGGAAAGCAGAAACAAAAGCCACAGGAAGAACUGAAAAAUGCAGGCCAUGUUGUUCCCGAGAACUUGGAGCGGUCACCCGAGGAGGCGGAGCCAUUUCUGGCCCCGAUGAGAAACCCGAUUGUGGGGUGAAGUCGCAGGCUGGCUUUGGUGAUGCUGUUACGUGUGCAUUGCUGACAAUUUUAGGAGCGCCCCACCUCUAUCCCUCCACCAUGGGAACUCUUAGAGCCACGAGACCAUCCUUGGCUCAGAGAUGCCGGGAGAGAAAGCAGAGGGAAGCCACUCAGGGCGCUGAGAGCCGAAUGUGGUCGUGUGCAUGGCCCCACUGAGCCAGCCGUGCGGCCUUAGGGGACUCACGAAAAGCCCUUGUCAGCGGGACCUCGGGCGAGUGCCUCGCACCUCACUAAUUCUUCCAAGGAACCAGGGAAACGAUUCUCUUCCCUUUGAAGCACUUUUGUAAAAUCACAGAGUCUGUGGUUAAAUUUCAGGGGCAUCUGGUCCAAGGGCUCCCUCACAACCAGGUGACGUGUGUCCCCGGGGGCACUUGCUCGCCGGGGACACCGGCCUCAGCUGCGAGGCUUCACAGUCCGAUUGCACUUUAGCUGAUCAGUGCUCCAUUCGCGCGGCCUUAGGAGAGGGCGGGCCGGGAACCCGUCUCCUCCUCACCUGCCAAAGAAUUACCCAGAAGCACAUGGAAUACCAGCACCCCAGCCACACACCGGGGGAGAAACUUGUACCCCAUAGUGUCUGCCACACUAUUGAGAAAUAUUUUUGAACCUCAGGAUUUAAAUAAACACUAUGACAUUCAAA